ACGGAAGUGUGACCACGAUUGUACAAACUUUUGCGUCUUGAAGCAGAGCCUUGGAGCAACGACUUGUCAUUCUCUUUGCUCAGUACAGACUUUUUUCGUGAAGGAAACAAGGACAAAUAUUCAUUAGGUUAAAUUAGCCACAAGCUCCAUCCAUGAAAGUGCUGGAGACCACUCCCUCGCCGGCCUUCACCAUGGGUAAGAAAAAGCACAAACUACGUAACAACAAGCAGAAUGCAGCUGCUGACAUUGACCAAUCAGAGUCUUCGGAUGAGGCAGCAGGCAUCGCAGGAGCAACAGGUCAAACUUGCCAGCAUAUUGGUAAGGCUGUCAAUUUUAGUGCCAUGAGGAAGUCCAUUCAGAAGCAGGUUUUUGGGGAGUGUACAAGCUGUACCAGAGAAGCUCUAAGUGGCAAGAAAAGCGAGAAGCAAAGUACAUCCCCUUUUUUGGCUGAGGGAGACCCCAUUCCCACGAGCUCGUCUACAGACGAUCUCUUCACAGAUGAGUCCGAACCAAUCACAUGGGUGUGCCUUCAGUGUGGUCAUCAGGGCUGUGAUAGAAACUCUCAGGACAAACAUUCUCUCCGCCACCAUGAAACCCCCCACUCCAGCAGCCAUGCCAUUGUCAUCAACACUACCUCCUGGGCUGCCUGGUGUUACGACUGUGAUGAUGAAGUUUGUAUAGAUGGUAGCAAGCGCCUAAGAGAGUGUGUAGAAUUUUUGCGUAAAACAGCUGGUGUGCCCCCAUCAGAAGCCUCUGUACAUCCUGGUCGUAAAGGCCAGGUAGCCGGACCCAGUGUGCCUGAGCAGCAACACCAGCAGCAGCAUCAUCAACAAGGUGUGAUUGGCAGAAGCCGGUCUGGCUCAGGAAAAGCAGGGACAGGCCAGUCUAUAGCCUUGUGUCAGAAAGUCAAGGGCUUAAGUAACCUAGGAAAUACAUGUUUCUUCAAUGCUGUGAUGCAGGUGGUAUGUCAGACACCCAGCUUUGAGCAGCUGAUAGGUGACCGAGGGAAGAAGGGGCGCAUGUUGACACUGCCUGGCCACCAGGUGGACGCAGAGAUGGAACAGUGGAGCAGCAGUAGCAGCAGCAGUUCUGAAGAUGAAUUUAAAGAUGCGGAUAUUGAUAAAAAUUUGUCCCCAAUAGAUGUUGUGUUACCUGACGUGGGCAGUCUAACACAGGCUGUACUCUCCUUUCUUCAUGAGAUGAACAACACAUCGGGCAAGAGUGGAACUGUCACACCCAGUGCCUUAUUUGGCCAAGUUUGUAAAAAAGCUCCUCGUUUCCGUGGUUACCAGCAGCAGGACAGCCAUGAGCUGUUGCGUUAUCUUCUGGACAGCAUGAAGACAGAGGAGAUAAAGAGAGGUCGCACAGGGAUCUUGAAGUUUUUCAAACUUUCAGAGAACUCCAAUCCUAAAAAGAUUGACAGCUGUACAAGAAUGAAAGUGAAAGAGUAUGGAAGACAGGCUAAGGUGACAUUUGUGGACCAGGUGUUUGGUGGCCAGCUGAUCAGCACAGUUGUGUGUGGAGAGUGUAAUUAUGUAUCUCAAAUUUUCGAACCAUUCCUUGAUUUAUCUCUAUCCAUAACAGAAGAAAAGCCACAUCGUCCAAAUCUGGGAAUACUUGGAAAGAAGCAGUCAAUCCCUGAUCUGCCUAGCUCUGCACCCAAACCUAACAAAUACCAGGAGAAGAAGCUAAAGAAGCAGGCGAGGAGAGAUGCAAAGCGCAAACAGAAAACUUCAAAAAACAAGGUGGUCCCUCUGGGAGAAUUUCAGUCCACAACUGAAGGAGAGGUGGCUUUGGAAAACUCUGUUGCUGGGGAAGAGCACAAGGAUGGGGUGUCAGGGAAGGAUGUAGAGAAUGGGGACGGCUCCCUGGACAGUGACCUGGAGGAUACCUCAGAUGCUGAUGUGGAGGAUAAUGUGGACACAGACAACAUAAAGACAGUGGGGGAGAUGGUGAGCUCUGGUGUAGACUGUACUGGUGCAGGGGAGGGGGUGAACCACAGGGCAGAGAACGGGCAGGGAGAAGGGAGUGGGGCCACAGGCACACUGACAGAUGUCACUCAGCAGCUAAGCACACUAAGCCUGCAGGAAAUAGGGGAGACAACUGCAAAGAGGGAGGUGAACGGCGAGUCUGUACCCCAGAUAAAUGGUGUGGAUAGCAGCGUGUCAGAGGACACAGGAGUUUGCCUGGCAGGGGUAGAGAAUGGAUGUCUUCCUAUCAGUACGUCAUGCCAGGACAACCACGUGGAGGUCACUAAUGGGGACUGUCAGCCUGCCCCUCAGACACGGCCAUCCAAGGAUGAGGUGAAGAAGGAGGCCCGUCAGCGGUCCAUGGCCACCCUAGGGCUGAGGUACCAACCCCUCCCCCGAGAGUGCUCUGUCAUGUCUUCCCUUCAUCAUUUCACAUCAGCUGAACUCCUAACUGGCAAUAACAAGUUUGGCUGUGAAAAGUGCACCAAAAAGCAGAAGGCAGCAAAAGGUAAAUCUGAGAUGGUGUACAGAAACGCCAGUAAGCAUUACCUGAUCUUCUCCCCACCUGCUGUUCUCACCUUACACUUCAAGCGUUUUGAACAGAUUGGGUACAACUCCCGCAAGGUUAACAGUCAUGUGGACUUCACGUUUCUGCUAGAUUUAUCUCCCUUUUGCAGCUCCCUCUGUCAGGGCCGACGUAAGGACCAGAAGAAGAUCCUGUACUCUCUGUACGGUGUUGUGGAGCACAGUGGUAGGCUUAAUGGCGGCCAUUACACAGCAUACGUCAAAGUACGGCCUAACAUUGGCCUCAUUACGGACUUCCUACAAACGUAUGCUUCUCACCCAAGGGAGCUAAUUCAGCGGUACUCAGAACAUUACUUGAAUGGCAUAUCAGAAUCCUCAGAGGACAGUGGUGAUGGAAGUGAAGGGCUAGUCCCGCCAGGUCGCUGGUAUCACAUCAGUGACAACCGGGUGAGCGAGGUGCCGGAGACAAGUGUACAGACAGCUCAGGCCUAUCUUCUGUUCUAUGAGAGAGUCUGUUAGGUACUUGUUGUUCAAAGCCAGCUUGCAUCAGCGAAGAUGCUGAUUGUUUCCUGUAUCUGACAGCCAGGUUAUAGACACAAAUCACAUACUAGCUGGUACAUAAACAACAAACUUGAUCCACUCUUACAUAACUUUGUAAAUCAGUGUCUUGCAAUUUUUCCUGUAAAUCAUGUUAUAAGAGUGUAGCCUAAACAGAUGUUCUUUUAAAAGACAAAAUAUAUCCAUGAAAGUUUUUGUAGUGCUUCUUAGGCCAAGUCAAGUAGUUUUGAAGUUUGGUUCCAUUGUUAUCUGCAUUCUCCCUUUUUAUUGCUGGUGUCACAUUCCAGGUUACAGUUUAUCCUUGUCAAGGACAUUGUGACCUUGUAGAAUGUGAGUGGCCUGCGUUAUUAGACACAAGUACACAGAAUAAGGUUUUAGUUGUUGUAAAUCUUGUUGGAAAAAGUGUGUGUUCAUUUGCUGUGCUCUUUCAACAAUAACUUCAUUCUCAUUUCUUGUGUUUUGGCCAAAAAUCUUGUCUUAAAAGUCGGCACACCAGUUGUUGAUUAUUUACCUUCAGAUAAUAUUCAUUCCAAAUGUUAAACAUAGACAUUACUGAUAAAGCAUUUUUAAUUCAGAAGGAAAAUAAUCAGAAUGUGAUUUGUACUGAAUUCCGAUGUCUUCACCAUUUAUGGUAGAGAGCAUCAUUUGUUAGAUCAGUGUGUAAAGUACAUGUACCCAGUGUAUGCUGUGUUGAAGGUACGUUAAAGUCUCAGAUAUUCACAGAAAUACUCAACAAAUAAUUACACACACUCAACACUGAAUACAUUUUUUAAGAAAGACAGAGCUUACAGACAUGUUCUGAUUACUAAAGCAAGUGAUGUUUUCCUGUCGCUUUUUACAGAGACUGACAAAAUUACUUCACGUGUUUUCCCCACAUUGUUUCACAGUUGGACCUGAAUACUAAUUAUGAUUAUUUGUAGGUGAUAGCCUGCUACCUGCUCACAUCAAUUGCUUUAUUCACAGGAUGUAUUGUAGGUUUCACAACAAACAGUCUCCUUAUAGGUGUAGGUUUUACGAAUUGUAGUGUCCAUUUGGCUUUUUUUUUUUCUUUUUUUUUUUUUUUCUUCAAAAUGUUACAUGUAUUUCCAUGAACAGGGAUCUUUCCCUUUGUUAGACUGCAUGAUUUGUAAUUUAAUUAAAGAAACGUGAUCAGGUAUGUUUAAGUGUUAAGAGACAUAUGUAUUAAAUUCAGAUAAUAACUGAUAAGGGUGUAGCUUCACUUGGUCAUCUUGUGGAAAUGAUUUAUUUCAUUAUACAGAUGUAUUUGAUAUAUGAUGUAUUGUACAGUUAUCCGUACAAAAGCCUUUAUACUGCUGAAUAAACCUGCACAGGCUAAGUAAUGGAUAUACACACCUAUACACUUCUAUGUAUAUAUUACUGAUCUUAAAUUUAUUAAACCAUUACAAAGAAUUUUGUAUUUGAGGAUAUUUAAUGUUACAGGUAACAUCAACAUGUACCUGUGUGUCAGAUGUACAUCACCUUAUGAAGACUUCUCUAUCAACACCAUUUCUAGGUGUACAAUACAUGUAAAUCUGAUAAAGUGUGCCUGCACAUUUACUCUCUGAAUACACCAUUACAACCUUUAUCUUAUGAAUUAUGCCUGUUUUACUAUGUGCCAUUUGUUUCACUCCUUCCUUGUUUGUUGUUUUUGUUCUCAUUAUUUUGUUUUGACCUCACUUGUGAUAUUCUUGUCAUAUUUAUGAGGUUUUGUUGUUUAUAUUUGUUUCAUUACAUGACUAGCAGCUAUGUUGUUGAAGAUUGUUAUGUAAAGGUAGUACAAAGUUUAGUACACAGGUAAAACAGUUUGACCCUAACUGUAUUCAGAUCUCCGGUAGCUGUUAGGGUCAUGCAGUCACAUUUAUUACAUGCUUGAAAAAAUUAACAUGCACACAAACAAUUAAUGCUGUAAAGCUCAGGAACUGUUUCUGUGAAAAGAUUUUCGAUGUAAAAUUCUGCGCUUUUGUUUAGGUUAAACCAUCAGACUUACAAAUUUGAACUUGCCUGAUAACCUCAGUUCCUGGGGAAUGAUGAUGUGGGGAGAAAAAAUUAUGCUGUGUGAUGAUAAAGUAAAAUCCGGUAUUCAUGUACAUUUACACAUGUACUGGCAUAUCAUUUGCAGUAUUACUUAUAUACCUAUAUACAGAGAUAGUAUAAUUGUACCAUACUUGCUUGGGAAUGCUUUAUAGUCCAUAGUGGCUGAUGUAUAUAUUCAAAAUUUAAGUCAACAAAAUCAAAGUGCUCAUGUUCAUAAUAAACAAACCUUAAACACGACUCCUGAUAGAUUUAAAAAGCAGCCACUCUGAUGGGGGUGGGGGGGGCGUGAAUCAUGGCUACUGGUAUGCUAAUAGUUUUGUUGACUACAGUGCAAGCUGUUGUCUUCUGCAAAUUCACAUGCCACUGAUGCCAGCAUACAAAGGAGCUGCUGUGUUUUGGGGUUUACAGACAAAAAUUAAUUAGGGGAAUUCUCAGGUGACAUUUCAAGAAUGGAACUGGAAUAAAACUACAGAUAGUUCCCAAUCUCAUUACAUUCAAUGUCUUAUUAUUUUGAGUGUGUAAAGGUUUACGUUUGUAACCAAGAACAUACUGUUGCUGUACAGAACUCUAAAUAAAGCACACUAUU